UUGGCUCAGCAUUAGUUGUAGGCGCCGUGUUCUUGGCGGCGGCUGAGCAUCGCUCGACGGUGGAGCCUGGCUGAGAAAUGGGUUCAGACGAAAGGCCCCGGAAGAAGGCCAAGGUGAUCGUGGCACCGGCCGAGGAUGAAGGUUUAGGAGGGCUUUAUGACUUCCUACCGCCGCCCGAUCCUGAGAAGGACGAGGCAGCGAAGGCUGCAGCCGUGAAGCACCACCUCUCACGACCUGCCCUUCCCCAGCCCGACCGGAGCAGGGUGAUCUUUUUAGACGUGGAUGGGGUCAUCCUACCCGCAGGCUCGAUUGACAUGAUCGUGGUGGAUGGAGUGACUCUUCCAGCCAAGAGCCAUGUCAAAGAGAGCGAUUUUUCGGCGCAAGCCAUGGGCAGUUUGCGCGCCAUCGUGCAGCAAACGGGUGCCACCAUUGUCCUCUCUUCCGAGUGGAGGCGGGGUGAAGACCUCAAGAGCUCCAUCAACGCGGUGCUCAAGAGCCAGGACAUCCCAUCGCUUAGAGACGCCACACCGAUCUUUCAGCCAAGGCCUGAACUCCAGAAGGUCCUGGACAACUGCGACCGCAUAUGUUGUUUUCUUCGACCCGCGCGGGGUUUGUGGGUUUUCACCACGGAACAGUGUUGGAAGUUGGGCUGCUGUCGAGUUGUUAAUUUAAAGAGGAAGAGGUACGUUUGACGUCCGGGUCACGGUAUAUAGAUGGUUGAAUUGCCAGAGUGUCUUUUUCGAGGGUCUUCUUUGAGAAGCAAUGCAUGGGAGCCGCGUCAUGGCUACUUGUAUCCUGUCAGGUUAAUUUAUAUAGGUGACUUGUGGGGCGGGCUUCGUGCGUGCUAUGCCGGCUACACAACUCAAAGCAGUUGCUCAUAGCUGUCACAGCUCAGAGAUUCAAGAUACUGAACUUUGAAACUUUGAACAGGUCAAAGCGGACAAAUGUGUUGUUCAAGUUCAUGUUUCUGGUGAAUGGAUCAUAACGUGAUUAGCGUUCAUUAUCGUUGGAUACAUUUGUAGAAAUCCAGUGCACCUUAGGCGUCGGCGCAGUCCUACCAGAGGGUCAUUUGCAGCGGCCAAGUGGAUUCACAGUAACCCGCCGAAGCGGCCGCAGCGCACCGAAUCAGGCCAACGCGAUCCAUGCGUGGUGUGAGCGCCGUGCGCGGGAGAUAGGCAAGUGGCUCAAGGCGAGCUGAGGACAUGAUCCAACUGGCAAAACUCAACAUAGACAAGUCUCCUUCAUGGUGAUGACCUCAAUCACCAUGAAGAGCAUGAAUGGGACAUGAACAAGUCCACAGACAUUGAGGAAAUGUGUCUUCAACUUUCGUGAGAUGUUGGACAACCAUGUGAAUUCUGAUCAUAGCUGUUGGAUUGGUGUCCAUAAUCAUGGUUAACAUUAUUUGCACAUUCCCAAACGUUCUUUUGUUCUCUUUCCUGUCUAAGAGGAUGAGUGACUGCAGAAGGGUGCUGCAUGCAGCACCCUUUUGCUGCACUGCAAGCGUAUUAGUGGAAGGAAGCAUGCAAAGACCCACGAACCACCAGGCAUAUGCAUUUUUGUGUCGUCAUGGCAUAUGUGAAUCCUUGAGAUAGAUUUCUGAUGACUUUGGGGUUGCUAGUUGAUAGUUCACGGUGUUUGUAUGCAUCAUCAUGGUAAGGUACAUUUUUUUUAAAAGAAUGGCGGCCGGGAUCAACAUCAAAACAACACACAUCACAACA